AUGCCAGGUACAUUUGAUUCGUUAGUUAGCGCAUGCUGACUAUAUAUCUGUCCAAUUGCUUGCGUGAGAUUGCGCAAUUAGCAGUAACAAAGUGAGAAAGAAUAUUAUCGGCAGUAUGUAAGUAAGAUCUUGGAUUGGCUCUGGAGACGAAGAACGGAACCGGAUGUUACCGGUACUGAACAGUUUUCUGUUCAUAUCAUAAAAUAUUGCAAGCGGUUUUGUUCAAAUUUAGAGUCGACGACUUGUCAAGAGGGGAAUUUUAUGAUGAGUGAUUUUAACCGUUCUAUCUUUGUUUCAGGAGACUGCGUCCUUUGAUGUUAUAUCUAGGAAUGCAUUUUGUGCGUUGCAAUGACGUCGACAUACAAUUUUGGAUUGAUAUUUAUGUAGAGAGAAUUUCAAAUAUUCCUCCAAGCGCGUGGAUCAACGUCGUCAGCGACAUCUUCAGACAAAAAGUGAAACUAUACCAGUCGGUAUGAUGAUCCGGAGCCGAUCUGCGACGAAAAGAGCCGAGUCUAACCGAAUUUCUUCGCCGUGAUAUUAGCCACAACAAAAAAUUAGUAACAUUCGCGUAAAAACUUUUCGGCAAUAUAUGUUUUUCGCGUUCUUUUUGUGAUUCACCGUUGCUCUCGAGUAUAUAGUGCUUCGCUAAAUCAAGGUAGGUACUAGACUUUAUUAAGUUAUUUUUCUCGCGCAUUUCGUAUUGUUGGGCCGUUUUGGUUCUGCGACUGCCUUUGACGGGACGGUCUGUAAGAUGUACGCGUAUUAUUAUGACAAAAUACAAAUAACACGUCAUGCAAAGCAUUCUCCGUUACUAGAAUGGAAUAAAUUUGCAUCGUGGUAUGAUAUUUUCUUUUUCAUUUCUACUUUUGCUUUACCAUAUAUAUCUGAACGUAUUGUACACGAGUUGCUCGAAUGUUUUUGGGCUUAACCUAAACCCAAAAAUCUGGUACACAGUACUCCCCACAAGGUAGCAAUAUUUUGUCUCGUAUGCAUUCUAGAAGUUUUGCGUUUCAUGAUAUAUUUGUUCCAACGCGAUUAAGUAAAUAUUUUUUGAUUGAAUACAUAUACGUUUAAAACUUUAACAACUUUUAUGUUUUCAUAUGCAUUGUUAUUACUAUUAAAUAUAUAUAUGUAUAUAUAUAUUACUCUGUUUAAUAUAUUUUUUAGUUCAUUGUACGUUUGUUCUUUCAGUUUUUAAAUUCAAGCGAAGCUCGUUGAAACAUUGGAUGUUAACAAUGGCAGAUGAACAGCAGCAGUUUUUUCUUAAAUGGAACGAUUUCCAAUCUAAUAUGGUAUCAUCGUUUAAACACUUACGAGAUGAAAAAAGUUUCACGGAUGUGACAUUAGCUUGUGAUGGUCAAACUUGUAAAGCACAUAAGAUGGUGUUGUCCGCUUGUAGUCCUUAUUUUAAAUCUUUGUUAGAAGAAAAUCCGUCCAAACAUCCCAUUAUAAUUCUAAAAGAUGUUGCAUAUAGUCAUCUUCAAGCUAUUUUGGAGUUUAUGUAUGCAGGAGAAGUUAAUGUUUCUCAAGAUCAGUUGCCUGCAUUUCUUAAAACUGCUGAUCGACUUAAAGUCAAAGGAUUAGCAGAAGCACCAGGUGCCAUUAAAAGAGAGGGUUAAAGUUACACUUAUAGUUAUGGUAAGAUUUUACAUUGAAUUUAAUUGACAAUUAAAAAUUUUGUAUUUUCUUGAAUUUAAUGUUUGUAUUUCUUCCAGAAUAUUGGGAAGCGUGUGGAGUGAAAAAAACAGUGUAAUAAUGUAAAGUGAUUGCGUGAAAACAUACUACACACUAUAAAAAACACAUUAUGCG